GCCGCUUCCGGCCUCCAUUUUACGCGGCGGCAGCGGCCGGAGGCCGAGGCGGUGCCGUGGGCGGGGGGUUCGGCCCGGACGGGCGCGUUCGGAGUGCCGCGUUGGUUCUUCUUCCUUGGGCGCGGUGGACGAGGUUGUGAUCUCCUGUGGCUGCGGUUCCCGGAGUGCCUGCGCGGGGAUGGGCUCCCCCAGCUCCCCCGGGAAGUUCGGCCCCGGCCGCUGAGCCCGCCCGGAGCCCCCCGAAAGGUUCGCGGGUCGUGUCCCCGGGGAGCAGGAGGAGAGCGGGGCAGGGCCGGCCGGCCCCGCGGGCAGCAUGGACCAGAGCGUGGUGGAGCACCCGGUGACCCUCAUCAUCAAGGCCCCCAACCAGAAAUACACCGACCAGACCAUCAGCUGCUUUCUGGAGUGGACUGUGGGCAAGCUGAAGUCCCACCUCUCCAAGGUGUACCCCAGUAAGCCGUCUACAAAGGAUCAGAGACUGGUGUAUUCUGGCAGACUGCUUCCUGAUCAUCUGCAGCUGAAAGAUGUUCUCAGAAAACAAGAUGAAUAUCAUAUGGUUCACCUGGUAUGUACAUCUCGGACACCCCCAAGUUCUCCAAAACCCAGCACCAGUAGAGAAGGUCAUGGAGCAUCAACCUCCAGCAGUAGCUCAAAUUUAGACCGUUCUGGAUCAACUGCUGCCUCACCCACAAACCAAGAAGCUGCUUCUACGUCUUUGAACACUAGUGCAGAUGGAGUGAGGCAUCGUAAUCUUCCACAAGCACACAGCAAUCCCAUGCCAAGCCACCAGUUCCCUUAUUUAAUGCAAGGAUGUCCUGGUUUACUACAGUUCACUACAUCAAAAUCUUUUGGGAAAGAGUUGGAAAUCUUGCCAAAACAUGCUAUAUGCUCUAGGAGCAACAUAGGCAACCAGUUUCCAGGCCAAGGUGCUCCUGCUGGGUUUUCCAUGUAUCCUGCAUUCAGUCCCUUACAGAUGAUAUGGUGGCAACAGAUGUAUGUACGUCAGUACUACAUGCAAUACCAAGCUGCUGUUUCAGCCCAAGUGACUUCCAGCACUGAGCCAGCGAGAUCUGCAGUUGCCCAGGGUGUAAAUUCAGAACACGCUCCUGCAAAUGAGCCUGCAGCAGUGCCAAAUGUAGCUGUCCAGGACAACAGGCCUGUAAACCAAAAUGUUCAGAUGAAUGCACAGGGUGGCCCAGUAGUGAAUGAAGAGGACUUCAACCGGGACUGGCUGGACUGGAUGUACACGUUCUCUAGAGCAGCAAUUCUUCUGAGCAUUGUAUACUUCUAUUCUUCUUUCAGUCGGUUUGUCAUGGUAAUGGGAGCCAUGCUGCUGGUUUAUUUACACCAAGCUGGAUGGUUUCCCUUUAGGCAAGAGGGAGGCCAGCAACAGGCAGCCAAUAAUGCAGAAGUGAACCGUGAUGGGCAACAUGCAAAUAAUCCUGAUCUUGAAGAGAUGGAGCGACUUAUGGAUGAUGGGAUUGAUGAAGACAGCGGAGAAGAUGCAGGUGAAGAUGGCAAUACAGAGCAGCAGCCUGGAUUCAUGGCUUCUGCUUGGUCCUUUAUCACAACCUUCUUCACAUCACUGAUCCCUGAAGGGCCUCCACAGGUUGGCAAUUAAAGUGGAAAAAGAACUGUGUCAGGCAGCCUCAGUAGCCAUAUGUAGAAGUGGAGCAGAUUCUAGAGAGUGUUCUAAAUACAGUGCAAUUUCUGAAAAUUUAUAAUGUUAUCUUUUUGAUCAUGGUGUACAAAAAUGUGUAUUUUUUUUUUCUUUUGGCUUUCUCAUGCAUUGACUAUUUUAAGCACAAGUGGACUACUAAAUGCUUUCUUUAAGAUUCUUCUUUUUCUGAAGAAUAAAAUGUAAAGAUAUUGGUCUUCCAUGUUUUGUUUUAUUUUCAAAUGUGUGUUACUCUGAUGCAAAGAGCUUGUAUGUAAUCUGCACCCUUACCUCUUUAAAGAGCUGUUAAAAGUAUGAAUGUUGACAGACCUUUCCAAAUGCUCUCUAUUUACCGGAAUAACUAAUCUUGUGUUUGAUGCAGGGUAUGAAUUCUCACAUGGGAUUUGGAACUUACAUAAUUCCUGAGAGAAUGCACUUAACACAAGGGUUACCUGUUAAUGGCAUGUUGUCUUCAUGUCAGAACAUAGUAAGCUUCUUCGUUUAAAAAGCUGAGAGCUUUUUCUUGAGACUGUACUGACAUUCAUUAAAGUUGGAGGUAUUUGACAGCUCUUCAAAGACAAUUGGCAGUGAUGGGAUAAACCUUAAAUGUUUGAUACAUACAGUACUUUUUAAGGAGAAUAUAGCUGUGCUGGGGCAAAACAUGUACAUUAGGUUUUUUAAUAAAGACUGUUAUGGUAACUCUUUUGGAUGUUUAUAUGCGUAUUUGAAUGCAAAUGGCUAAAUUGUGCCUCCUUAAGGAUGAGGAUAUGAUUAAUUUGCGAGUGUAAUAAAGUUAUCAUGGUGGCAUUAAUGACAUUGACCAAAGUGAUGUGUUUGUAGCAGCGUCUAUACAGUUACGAGUAUGCUAUCAACACCAGACUGUCUGUAUUCUUUAACUUCAUUAACCUAAUUAAAACUGAGAAAGAAAAUGGUACAUGAGAGAGUAGCAGAGUGCUAUGUCAGGUUUUUGGUUGCUUUCCUUAAUCAUUGUCAAGAAGGUACAUUUCGUUUUGUUCUUAAUUCUGAAGUUAUGGUGUGCUCUCUAACUUAAAAUUGUCUGCAAAGAUUCUGUUACACUACCACCAAAGUAAAGCCUGUUUGACCUCAA